AUGAGUGUUUUUGUUUUUGGAUCAAAUGCCAUAUCUCAGCUAGGGCUGGGAGAAGAUGAAGGAAGUACUCAUGUUCCAACCAGACUUUCUUUUUUUGACGGAAUGUCUUUAUCCAAGGUUCGAUGUGGGUCAUUACAUACGUUGGUCCUCGAUACUAGUGGAACUCUAUAUUCCUGGGGAUGCAAUGACGAAGGAGCUCUGGGAAGAGGUGGAGACGAAUCCACACCUGAAAAAGUUUGUCUUCAAGAAAAGGUUGUAGAUAUGGAUUGCGGAGCCUCCAUCUCUGCUGCAUUGACUUCCAGUGGGCAUGUCUAUGUGUGGGGAACAUUUCGAUCGACAAACGGGACCUUUGGAUUAACUCCUUCUGAGGGCAUUUCUUUUGAACCCGUAAAGGUUCCUCUCAAAAACAUAAGGGCCUUGAGCGCAGGGCAAAGCUUCAUAGCUGCACUUGAUUCAAAGGAUGUGAUUUAUACCUUUGGAUCGAACGAAUUUGGAGAGCUUGGAAGAAGAACAUCUGAAAGAAAUAAAUUAAGAGCUCUUAUACCAGAUGCAGUUACGACUCCUAGAAAACGCCUCCAGAACCAUAGGUUCAAGUCUAUUGCAUCUGGCCUGAACCAUCUGAUAGCACUGAACACAGAUGGAGAAGCCUAUUGUUGGGGAUCUAACCUAUACGGGCAGUUGGGGCAUGAUAAGGCGGAAAGCACUUUCAACAAAUACAAGGUUCCCUUGGACGGCAUAUCUCAAGCAGUAGGAGGAGAAAAUCACAGUUUGUUUGUAACUAAGGAUGGUAGUCUAUAUGGAAGUGGGAGAAAUAAGGAAGGACAGCUUGGGAUCCAGAAUGUGGAAAACCUCAAAUCUCCCACCAAACUUGGGCUUAGUGGAGUAGAAGCUGUUCGUUCUUAUAACAGCUUCAGCAUAGGUAAAGUUGGAAAUGAGCUAUAUUCGUGGGGAACCGGGUUCAAUGGUGCAUUGGGACAUGAAGAAGAAACCCUGUUUGAACCGAAGAAGAUUCCAUAUGAAUUUCCUGAAGUGAUAGAUUUUGAUGUUGGGAAUGACUUUUCUGUUGUAGUGACUAAGUAG